GCCUCCUGUGGAUUAAGCUAGCAUUAAUAGAAGUUCAGGCUUUUACGCCGCAUAAGAAGAGCGAAACAGCAACAAAGAUGAUCAACUGGAAGGCUUUGGACAAUGUCCCUCUCCUCUUCUACAUCUUGGCUCUCAAGACCCUCCUGCUGUGCCUGGGUUUUGCUGGGGUCAAGAUUUACCAGAGCAGGAAAGAAGAUGAGGCCCUGAAGAAGCAGCAAGCUGAGAGGAGGAGGUUGGCCCAGCAGUCACAGGAGCUUCUUGACAACCUGAAGGAAGACUGAGUACAACUAGAGAAGAAGGUUCAACUUGGUUACUUUUACUCUUAAUAAUGGCUUAAAGCUUCAAUGUUUUCCAGGCCAAGGAACCCCAAACUGAUGGCAAGAUGGAGC